AUGGGCAGGGCGGUGGCAGUGGCUACAUGCGCCCUCAACCAGUGGGCUCUGGAUUUUGAGGGCAACCUGGAGAGGAUUUUCCGAAGUAUUGACAUCGCAAAGAGCAAAGGGGCCCGGUACCGGCUUGGUCCAGAGCUCGAGAUCUGUGGUUAUGGCUGCUCGGAUCACUAUUACGAGUCUGAUACACUCUUACAUUCGUUUCAAGUUCUGGCAAAGCUUUUGGAGUCUCCAACUACUGAAGAUAUUAUCUGUGAUGUGGGAAUGCCUGUUCUGCACAGAAAUGUUCGCUACAAUUGUCGAGUGAUCUUUUUAAAUAAGAAAAUUCUUCUGAUCAGACCGAAAAUAUCAUUGGCAAAUGCAGGAAACUACAGGGAACUUAGAUGGUUUACCCCGUGGAACAAAGCAAGGCAUGUGGAGGAAUAUUUUCUACCCAGGAUAAUUCAGGAAGUGACUGGGCAGGAAACUGUUCCUUUUGGGGAUGCGGUGCUAGCAACAAAAGAUACCUGCCUCGGGGCAGAAAUAUGUGAAGAGCUCUGGGCACCAAACAGCCCUCAUAUUGAAAUGGGACUUGAUGGUGUGGAAAUUUUCACUAACUCUUCAGGGAGUCACCAUGUGCUGCGGAAGGCUCACACCCGGGUGGAUUUGGUGAAUUCUGCCACAGCAAAGAAUGGUGGAAUAUAUAUUUUAGCUAACCAGAAAGGCUGUGAUGGUGAUCGUCUGUAUUAUGAUGGCUGUGCCAUGAUUUCGAUGAAUGGAGAAACAGUUGCACAAGGAUCCCAGUUUUCACUCGAUGACGUGGAGGUGCUGGUUGCCACUCUGGACUUGGAGGAUGUUCGAAGUUACAGAGCAGAGAUUUCAUCUCGUAACUUAGCGGCAAGUAAAGUGAAUCCUUACCCCAGGGUAAAAGUGAAUUUUGCUCUGUCAUGUUCUGAUGAUGUAGCUGUACCUACUUGUAUGCCAAUCCAGUGGAGACAUCAUAGUCCUGAGGAGGAGAUCAGCCUUGGUCCUGCAUGUUGGCUUUGGGACUAUUUAAGGCGCAGCAAACAGGCAGGAUUUCUCCUACCUCUUAGUGGUGGAAUUGACAGCUCUGCUACAGCUUGCAUAGUAUACUCUAUGUGUCACCAGGUUUGCCUGGCAGUCAAGAAUGGAAAUGCAGAUGUGCUGGCUGAUGCGCGCAAGAUUGUGAAUGAUGAGACCUAUGUCCCUGAGGAUCCUCGAGAGUUUUGCAAGCGUAUCUUUACCACUUGCUAUAUGGCUAGUGAGAAUUCCUCCCAGGAUACUUGCAACAGGGCUAAACUUCUGGCUGAGCAAAUAGGCAGCUAUCACAUCAAUCUGAACAUAGAUGCAGCUGUGAAAGCUAUUGUGGGAAUUUUCAGCAUGGUGACAGGUCGAACUCCCUGUUUUUCUGUCUACGGAGGGAGCAGCAGAGAAAACCUGGCACUCCAGAAUGUGCAGGCUAGAAUAAGAAUGGUGCUUGCCUACCUGUUUGCUCAGCUAACGCUUUGGACUCGUGGGAUGCCAGGGGGACUUCUGGUGCUAGGAUCAGCCAAUGUGGAUGAAAGUCUCCGAGGUUACUUGACCAAGUACGAUUGCUCAAGUGCUGAUAUCAAUCCCAUUGGUGGAAUCAGCAAGACUGAUUUGAAAAACUUCAUACAAUAUUGCAUUGAAAAUUUUCAGCUCACGGCCCUCAGAAGUAUCAUGUCAGCUCCACCCACUGCAGAGUUAGAGCCCCUGGUGGAUGGACAAGUGGCUCAAACUGAUGAGGCAGAUAUGGGGAUGACAUAUGCAGAGCUUUCGAUCUAUGGCAAAUUAAGAAAAAUUGCAAAGGCUGGACCAUACAGUAUGUUCUGUAAGCUGAUUAGUAUGUGGAAGGAAAUUUGUACUCCAAGAGAGGUGGCAUCAAAGGUUAAGCAUUUCUUCAGGAUGUAUUCCAUUAACAGACAUAAAAUGACCACCCUCACUCCUUCCUACCAUGCUGAAAACUACAGUCCGGAUGACAACCGAUUUGACCUGAGGCCUUUCCUUUAUAACACCACAUGGUCCUGGCAAUUUCGGUGUAUAGAUAAACAGGUAUCCAAGCUAGAAAAAAAGGAAGGAAUUUCUCUAGUUGAAGAUGUGGACUGAUUUCCUUUCUUGUUUAACUGUGAUAAUUAAUUUGCUAAUCAGAAUGUUCAAAACUGGAGUAUACGGUGAUGAUGAACAGAGAUGACCCAAACAAAUGUUGAGAUGACUGUUGUAAAUGGUAUUUGUAAUCAAGUCCUUUUUUUUUUCUUUUGAAUGACUCCCUGUUUUGUUCCCCAUAAACCGUAGUUUGGCUAAGGAAUCAUUUAUUAAGGAUUUUCUUCAACUACUUGAGUUAAUUGCCUUUAAUUGAAAAUACUUGGAUAAGCACAUAAAUCGUAAAUAAAUGCAGGGUAGUCUUUUGUGAAAGUGAAUAGACAUACAAAUAUUAACUUUGGUUCUAAUAAUUUGGAUAUGAAUUUUGAGUAACUUUCAGCUGCAAGUACAAAAUUUUAACAGUUCUGGCAUGCGCUGUUGAGGGGAAAACAUUUUACUUAGCAAUAAACUUGCAAUUUUAUAACGCUAAUUGACUCAGUUCUUUUACAUGUUUUC